AUGAGGCGCAAGGAGAUCGUACCCAACCUUGGGGAAUUUAUGUGCUUGCUCUCUGUGUCGGACGAGUUCACAUGGGACAAGCUGGCAGUUCCCCUUCUGGAAGAGACUUUCGACCGUGGCGUUCUUUGGCUGGUGAAGGCCUAUCCCCAUCUGGCUCACCUUUUCGCUCCCGUGGACGAGAGGAUCGAGAAAACUUGGGAGACCAGCAAGGUGUCUCGAGAGCUUUUGAUGUUUCAUGCUUGGUUCUUGCAUCAUGUGGCUCACAUCAAGCAUGAGCACGAGCACGGCCUCUGCCAACGAGCAAGUUGCAUCCUGGAGCGUUACGAGCGCACGAAGGGCUUGCCUUUGCAAUCGCACGUCAGUGGCCUCCAGAAGGCCUGCCGCCGCUUCCGGGCCAUCCGGACCUGGCAGGACUUCUUCCGGUCCCUCGAGGUCGAGGCCAUGGAGCAGCAGGCGGUUGGGGCCUGGCUGCUCCGUUCCGCUCGGAGGUCGCUUCGAAAGGGCUACCAUCGAAAUCCCCGCGUGACCAGGGGAUGA